CUAUAUAGUAUUGUCAAAUAGCAAUAAAAGUGAUCUUUAACAUAUAUGGAACUAUUUUCAUGACUUGGGACAUCAUUCUUUUGUUUCAAGAUUGUACAUUUUCAUGCAAUUCUUGUUUUUCUUUUCAAUGGUAGGUGUCCGAGCCAGUUUUUGCUAGGUAACUCUGUCUAUUAAGACUAGAACAGAUAAGAAGAACCACUUAAUAUUUUUUUUGUCUCCGCUGAAAUUCUUGUUUUUCUUUUUGUCAUGAUACUGGAGUCCGAGGCUGCUUUCACACAUCUCAACUAAUUACACGAAAUACUUAGAUAACUUUGUCGACCAGGACUAGAAUAGAUAGGAAGAAUCACCUAAUAUUUGUUGUCUCCCCUUAAAUUCUUGUUUUUUUUUUUUUUUGACUUAAAUGUGUGUAAAAAUUGAAUCUUUAUUGAGUUUCUUGAGUUUUUGACCAUAAUUUUUGUACUAUCCUACACGUUAAGGUAUGUUGUUUUUUUCAACUCUAUAAUUUAUUAUUGUCAAUAAAUUACUAUCUUGUUGGGUAGAUAACCAAACUCAGACGGAUACUUCAAAGUUUGUCAGCAAAAUCAAGAUUCAUAGAUUUUGUAGGCUAACCAUUAUUCCAUAAUACUAGUGUUUUGUCAGCUUCUUUUAUUGCUUUGGAAGUGGAGAAAAUGAAAAAAAAAAAAUAGUAGUAGUUAUGAUUUAGGUAAAAAGAUGAUCUUUUUUUCUGGUUUAUCAUAACUUGGAGGGAAGUGGAAAAUUGUAGAAGUUUUUUUUCAAGAAUUUAGUUAAUGUGGGAAGCUUAUAUAACGUUUGGAAGAAGGGGUUUUGUUUAUAUGGUUAAAAGGGUUUGUUUCUUUUUAAAUUCUUGAAAUAGUUUUUGUUAAGAAGUGUUAAGCUUUUUCAUUGGUUGUGUUGUUUGGGGUUCAAAGAUUCUUGUUUUAUAUAUUCUUUGAGGUGUUUAGGUUGUUUUUUGUGUUAAGAUUUGUGGGGUUUUUUACUAGGGAGGAUUGUUUCUCUUCAAAUUCUUGAAACAGUUUUGUUAAAAAGGUGUAGCUUGUUUGAGUUUGUGAUAUUGGUGGUUCAAAGAUUCUUGUUUUAUAUACUUCUUAAGGUGUUUUUUAGAUUGUUUUUUGUGUAAAGAUUUGUGGGGUUGGUUGUUUCUCUUCGAAAGAACGGCGGCCUGAUGCACUAAAGCUUCCGCUUAAAUUCUUGAAAAAAAUUUCUUGAAAUGUGUAGCUUUGUGAGUUUGUGAUAUUGGUGGUUCAAAGAUUCUUGUUUUAUAUAACUCUUAAGGUGUUUAGAUUGUUUUUUGUGUCAAGAUUUGUGGGGUUGGUUGUUUCUCUUCAAACGGCCGGCCUGGUGCACUAAAGCUCUCGCUCAAAUUCUCGAAAAAGUUUUCUUGAAAAGCGUAGCUUUGUGACAUUCUGCAGAAUUUGUGAUAUUUAGGGUUCAAAGAUUCUUGUUUUGUAUACUUUUUGAGGUGUGUAGGUUGUUUUUCGUGUCAAGAUUUGUGGGGUUAGUUGUUUCUCUUCAAACAGUUAGCCUGGUGCACUAAAGCUCCCACUCAAAUUCUUGAAAAGUGUAACUUUGUGAUAUUUGGUGUUCAAAGAUUCUUGUUUUGUAUACUUCUUGAGGUGUUUAGGUUGUUUUUCGUGUCGAGAUUUGUGGGUGUUUUAACUCGAAAGAAGAUGGUUGGUAGUAUUGAAGUGAAAAGUGGUAACGGUGUGUACUCGAACGGGAGUGUACACAACCACAAUGGUCUAGAGGAGAAGCUUGAUGAGCUUAGGCACAUUCUUGGUAAGGCCAAUGGUGAUUUAUUGAGAAUUGUUUGUGUUGGAGCUGGUGCGUGGGGGAGCGUUUUCGCAGCUUUACUGCAAGAUAGUUACGGCCAAUUUCGCGAUAAGGUUCAAAUACGUAUAUGGCGAAGGUCCGGUAGAGCUGUUGAUAGAUCCACAGCUGAACAUUUGUUUGAAGUGAUCAAUUCAAGAGAGGAUGUGUUGAGGAGGUUGAUUCGGAGAUGUGCGUAUCUCAAGUACGUCGAGGCUAGAUUAGGCGAUCGGACACUAUACGCUGAUGAAAUCUUGAAAGAUGGCUUCUGUUUAAACAUGAUCGAUACGCCAUUUUGUCCGCUGAAAGUUGUCACCAACUUGCAAGAAGCUGUGUGGGAUGCUGAUCUUGUGAUCAACGGAUUGCCCUCGACUGAAACACGCGAUGUUUUUAAGGAAAUCGGCAAGUAUUGGAAGGAAAGGUUAACUGUACCAAUCAUCAUUUCAUUGGCAAAGGGUAUCGAGGCUGAACUCGAUCCAGUUCCGCAUAUUAUUACUCCGACACAGAUGAUUAAUCGCGCAACUGGUAUACGGGUUGAGAACAUCCUUUAUCUUGGUGGACCAAAUAUUGCCUCGGAGAUUUACAACAAAGAGUACGCUAACGCUAGGAUAUGUGGAUCGGAAAAAUGGAGAAAACCACUCGCAAAGUUCUUAAGGCAACCUCAUUUUAUCGUAUGGGACAACAGCGACCUUGUAACACACGAAGUCAUGGGAGGCUUGAAGAAUGUCUACGCCAUCGGAGCUGGUAUGGUAGCUGCACUAACAAAUGAGAGCGCUACGAGCAAAUCAGUAUAUUUUGCACAUUGUACAUCGGAGAUGAUAUUCAUCACGUAUUUGUUGACUGAAGAACCGGAAAGGCUUGCAGGGCCUCUGCUAGCUGAUACAUACGUUACAUUGUUGAAAGGUCGUAAUGCCUGGUACGGUCAAAUGAUAGCUAAGGGAGAACUGAGUCUCGAUAUGGGUGAUAGCAUUAGCGGUAAAGGAACCAUCCAGGGAGUUUCUGCUGUCGGAGCAUUCUAUGAACUUCUAAGUCAGUCGAGUUUGAAUGUGUUACAUCCUGGAGAUAAUAAACCCGUUGCACCAGUUGAACUGUGCCCCAUCUUGAAGACUUUGUACAAGAUACUCAUAAAAAGGGAACAAGGUCCUAUGGCAAUUCUACAGGCACUGAGAGAUGAAAACUUGAACGAUCCACGCGAUCGGAUUGAGAUUGCACAAAGCCAUGCUUUCUACAGGCCUUCACUUCUUGGACAACCUUGAUAAAACAAAUUUAUGCAGUAACAUUUAGUAUUUGAAGCAAUUGCAAUAAGCGUAUAGACUGGUUCAAAUUGGAUGGAUUGUUUUAUGUGGUAAAGAAAAUAUUAUAUUUAUUACUCAAAUUUGUAUUUGAUGAACAUGCCCAAAGAUGGUCUUAUUUUCUUGAUAUUCAUUUGAACUUGAAGCCUA